GCGUUACAUGAGGGACAGGGGCUCGACUCCGGGGCCGAGCAGGGCUAAGAGAUCAGGAUGGAGUAGACAGGGGUAUGUGGAGGAGCUGCCUCGGUGAUGCCCCGAGGCCAAUGUUUCGCUACUCUGACCAGAAGCCCGGAUCACGGCUAAUAAUAGGAAUUCCAGGAAGAAUCAAGGAGUCUGGUUCCGAGCCAGGUACAGCUGGGCCCUGCGCGGAAGGGUAUAUAACCACCGUGCCUCACCCCCCAGGAACUCCGCCUUCAGGUCCUUACGCAACUCGUCCACAGAGCAGAUCCCCACGGGCUACCGGCAACCAUGGUCACCUUCUCGUCCAUCUUCCUCGCUGCGUCAGCGGCCGUGGUGGCCGUCGCGGCCCCCGGCGAGCUUCCGGGCAUGCACAAGCGGCAGACGCUCACCAGCAGCCAGACGGGCACCCACGACGGCUACUACUACUCGUUCUGGACCGACGGCGCCGGCAACGUCCGGUACACCAACGGGCCCGGCGGCCAAUACAGCGCGACCUGGUCGGGCAACGGCAACUGGGUUGGCGGCAAGGGCUGGAACCCGGGUUCUGCCCGAACCAUCAACUACACGGGCACGUACAGCCCCAACGGCAACUCGUACCUGGCCGUGUACGGAUGGACGCGCAACCCGCUGGUGGAGUACUACAUCGUCGAAAACUUCGGCACGUACGACCCGUCGACGGGCGCCCAGCGGCUGGGCAGCGUGAACGUGGACGGGUCCGUGUACAACAUCUACCAGACGACGCGCACCAACGCACCGUCGAUCGAGGGCACGAGCACCUUCAAGCAGUACUGGUCGGUCCGGCAGAACAAGCGCACCGGCGGCUCCGUCAACGUCGGCGCCCACUUCAACGCCUGGCAACAGGCCGGCCUGCAGCUGGGCUCCCACGACUACCAGAUUGUCGCUACUGAGGGCUACUUCUCCAGCGGCUCGUCCACCAUUACUGUUGGCGGCUCGUCCUCGGGUGGCGGUGGUGGCGGUAACAAUGGGGGCGGCAACAAUGGCGGCGGCGGCAACCAGGGCGGCGGUUCCGGCGGCUCCAACUGCGCGGCUAGAUGGGGCCAGUGCGGUGGUCAGGGAUGGUCCGGACCGACCUGCUGCCAGUCAGGCUCGACCUGCCAGGCCGCCAACCAGUGGUACUCGCAGUGCCUCUAAGCGCUCACUCUGGGAGUUAACGGAGACCCCGUUAGAGUGACGGAA